GAAGUCUUGUCAAUCCAGUGGACACUCAGUACACUAACUAGACACUGCAGGCGCCUAACUCACAGGGACACUUGGCACGCAACGUUGUUUUCGUGAACACGCAUAUCAAUCUGCAAGCCAUGUCUACUCAAGGAGACCUCGAACGAGCAGACCCAGGGCCCAGUUUUGAUGGUCAACGUGAUGAACAAGUCCGCGAAAAGACUCAAAAGGAUGCAAAAAAAACUACGGGAGAAGAUUCGGCGCUUGUGGCAGCAUGGAUGCAUCGACUCCAGACGCUCACUCUUAUAACGACAUUUCUUACUUCCAUCGACGGAGAGCUCUUCACCCUUACUUCGUCCUCCACACCGCAGGUGACACUUAAUGCAAGUGAGGAAUCUGUGGAACUGGUGUAUGCAUGUUUUACUGGUGCCCUCGUUUUCCAUGGCUGUUCUUGUGAGUAUCGAGAUGGUUUGGGAAGCGCAAGGCACUUACAGCUUGCGUUAGCAAUUCUCGGAUACGUAGCGUCUUUUGCUCUAAUUCGAUACCAGAUCGUUGAAGCAGAGACUCCUCCCGUUACGAAAACCGACGAGCUGGGAAAACGUUCUAGUACUCACCACGAAAGCAUUGAUGGAAAGCAGCUCUUACUUAGAGCCAUCCCUCCUUUGUAUGCUGUACAGUCCCUUCUUCAGUUACCCACGGGGCUCCGGAUUCAAUCCAGGACGUCCACUCCCCCGCUGGAUCUCCUGACUCGGUGCUAUUUUACGAUUUUGGCGCUAAGUGGCGCUGGCUUUAUCUUGGCAAUUCUUGGUAUCGCCACUUACGCAUGGUUCGAACUGCAGCGGGUUGUUGGGAUAUUUACAAUGGCCUGUCUAGGUGCUAGUUUGUUGUCAUGUCUGUGGGCGGUAGUGUACUGAACCUGCUCUGACUACAUACGGUCCAUACCCUUGACGACUU